AUGUCUUCAUCACGGGCCUGCUUCCUCGGUGUUUUUUUGACAUGUUUGGUCAGCUGCCAUGCUACCACUCAUUCUCUUGGCUCAAAUUAUCGAAUUGAUGUUCACUCCCAUGCAAUCCCAAACAUUUGGACGCAAGCGAUGAUUUCAGAAGGGUUCCCUGUUAAGAACGGCACUCUAUAUAAUGAUGGCGCCCCAGUCCCUGAAUGGUCUUUAGAGUCGCACAUUAGCGCCAUGGAUAGUCUUGGUGUUAAUUAUUCAACAAUUAGCAUCACUGCCCCCGGCGUAUCAUUCAUCAAAGAGGCCGAGAAGGCCAAGUUCUUAGCACGGCGAAUCAACCUCCUGCUUCAUGAAUACACUCAAAAUUACCCGGCUCGCCUCGGAGCACUCUGUCUUCUACCUCUUCCUUUUGUCAACGAAGCAGUAGAGGAGCUAAAUUUCUGCCUAGAGACUCUCAAAUUCGUUGGUGUAGGCCUAUACACCAAUGCUCAUGGCAUAUACCUGGGUGACUCGGCUCUUGAACCCGUUUUCGCAGCUUUGAAUGCAAGAAAUGCCAGCGUCUUUGUCCAUCCAGCUUCUCCAACCUGCGCUUCCGUCGCUCUGGGCCAUCCUAUUCCGAUGACCGAAUAUCCCUUUGACACUGUGCGCGCAAUGGAGAAUUUACUGCUAACAGGCCAGCGUGCCCGUUAUCCGGAUCUGAAGAUUAUCUUCUCUCACGGUGGGGGCGCAAUACCCUAUCUAGCCAGCCGUAUUGCAGGCGUCGCAUCCCUCUCUUACGCGGGUGGAGUAGCGUUUACUGAAACCAUGGCACAGCUUGCUGGGUACUAUUUUGAUCUCGCUAGCGCGACAUCUGUUAUCCAGCUAACGGCGCUCAAAAGUUUUGUUGGCGCUGAGCAUCUUGUGACUGGAAUUGAUUAUCCAUAUGUUCCCCUCGCGCAGGCAGAGCCGGGAUUAGUCGGAAUUCAGGGGAAUGGAAAUUUUACCAACGAAGAAAUGGGCCUCAUCAAAUACCAAAACGCUUUGGCGAUAUUUCCACGGAUUUCGGAUGCCUUGAAAGUUUAA